AUGAUUUGUAAAGUAUGUAAUAAUGAAAGCCAUUGUCCAUAUUUUAUCUGUUCUAGAUGUAUUAAUACAUCACCGAAUUUAAUCCUUGUAUUAAAGAUCAUUUUGAUUCAAAAACUUGCUAUUAGUAAUCAUUUAUCGGAACAAGUUAAUGCUAUCUUAGAAGAAUCAUUAAAAUGCAGUGAAAAUGGUGGUAACAGCAGUCAUAGAAGCCGUUAUGCAACUAAUAAUGAUAAUGAUAAUAAAUAUAUUAUUGAUAUUCUAAGUUAUCAAUUAAAGAAAGUAAAAUUGAUCAAAGAAUUAAGAAAAAAUAAUAAAAUUAAACAAAGUAUACAAAUCAUAGAGGCAAGAAUAGAUAACAAGAGGAAAGAAGUGUCGAAGAUGAAAUCAUCAUUAUUAUUAUUAAAUAAAACAACUAGUAGUAUAAAUAGAACAAUAAUAGAAGUUGAUUCAUUAGAUAUAAAUCAUUUAAUCGAAUGGGAAUCAAAAAUUAAAGAAAUCCAAUCAUUUUUAAGUAUUCAACAAACGAGAAAAAUGAAGGAAUUAAAUAAAUGGUUUGGUAUUGAUUCCAGUAUGGAUAAAGACGAUUUUAGAUUAUUUUAUCAACCUAUAGUAACAAUUCAAGCGUUAAAGGAUAGUAUAAACAAUAUUAAUACUGAGAAUGACAUUUGUUUGUUAAGUAAUAACUUAAAAAUAUGUUUAAAAUAUUUAAAAUUAAUUACCCAAAUAUUUUAUAUUUCUAUACCAUAUUUUGAAGAAUCCAAUGAAAAAGUAGGUCAUUUAGAAUAUGGUGUAAGUGUAUUAGUAUAUUAUUGUUAUAUUAUCUGUCAAAGAUUACAACUCUUUCCAUAUACCAAGAAAGGCCAUGUGAUUUACAAAGAUAUUAGGUUGUUAUUAAAAGAUUAUACUAUUAAUGAAAUAUUCUACCACAUAUCAAGAUGUGUGAUGUUGGACCAAAAGAGCACCAAUAUACCAGAAGCGAUAGAAGACACUGUUAUGUAUUCUAAAAUUGAAUGGACUUUACCGAUGAUUCAUAACUAUAUUGAAAAGAUAUGUAAUGAUCAUACUGACAUAAGUUCAAGGAAUACUGUUAUCUUACCCCGGAUAAAACAACAGAAAGAAUAUACCCCACAUCUUUUUUACAAUGAAAUGAAGAAGAAUAGUAAUAAUAUAACAUCAAUAAAACAUAUCUCUGCAUCUCAUAAUAAAGAUAACAAUAAUAGUAGUGAACAGUGGAAAAAGAUGCAACGAACAAUAUUACGAACAAAAAGCAAAUAUACACCUAUUGUUACCAAAGCACCGCCUUCAAUAGUAAAAAUAAUACCUACUACCAAUCUAAAGAUAAAACCAUUGGUAGGUGCAAAAGGAAAGGACGAAACUACAAUAGCAGAUAGAUGGUUUGUUGUUGGAUAA